GUAAAAUGGCGGACCUGUCAAUCAUCCUAUCAAUCAUUUUUUGACAUUUUGACACAUUUUUAUAAUUUAUGACCCUGAUGAUUUAUGACCCUGCGCGUGCGGGCGUGGGGGUGUGUGUGUGUGUGGGGGUGUGUGUGUGUGUGUGUGUUAAUGGUGAUAAAUUGUUUUUUGGCAGCAGAAGGUUCACAGGGGGGUCCCCAGACCGGAAAAUACGUCAUCGAGGGGUGUGUAUAUAGGUCCACAGAAUUACCUCCAAAAUACUUUACUCUGCCCUCGAACAUCGCUGGGACCACUGCUCCUGAUUCUGAAGCUGUUUUUUGUUGCUGCUCGCUUUGCAAAAAUGGAUCACGCUCCGACAAGCUCCAUUAUAGGCUCUGAAAACGCCAGCCUCCCCACGACCUGGACUCCCCCCUCUUCUCCAUCUCUGAUGAUUCACACCCAGCAGCCGACACCUCCUCCAUCCCCAGAGCCUAUGGCCACACAGGAAGAGAAGAAUUGUGAAACUCAUGAGGUGUUUGAGUAUUCCGAAAAGUUUGUGGAAGGUAUUAGAAUGAGCGUGAUACACUUGCUGGCCAACGUCUGGCGUCGAUACGUCAGAGAGAUCUGUUACGGAUGUCAGACGAAUAAUCCCAGUCAGAAAAACCAUCCGUGUUUGGAUCCAGACGACUGUUUCUACCAGCUACACUUUGAACCUCUGAUGAAAAGGCUUUGGACUGACAACUUCAUACCCUCCAUCUCCAUGUUUAUGUUCAUGAAUAAUGUCGAUGUGGGGAGAGACCGCAUCAUGGGGGCUGCGGAAGUACUUUUAAACGAGCUGAAAUAUGCAGAUAAUGUGGCGCACACCAUGGAUAAAAUGUCUGAGACCUGGGGGGAAGACAAACACAAAAUUAAACAACUGCAAAAGCUUCUCAAAUGGUAUGAUGGAGAGUGUGAGUCACCCGAUGAAAUCGAUGUUGAUGAUGAUGACGAAACUGAAACGGAUGAUGAUGAUGUGUAA